ACGGAAUGGCGGCUCUUUUGGAAUCAGUGCUGAACAGGGAUGUGGAGUUAUGCAGGGCCUUGGCCUGGUUAAGAGGCAAAACUGAACCUACAGACAAAGAUCAAGAUCUGUUUCUAAAAGUAAAGAGACAGGAAUUUGUCAAUUUUUUCCUGAAUUUCCUGAGGAAUCAAAGCAGUAACACGUUGACACAUGGCCCCAGCACACCUGCCAAGACACCCAGUUCCACACGACCUUUCAGAGCCCAGGCCUCAUCUACCGAGCGAAGGGCAGGCAGAACACCAGCAGGCCAAGGCUCCCGUGGUGCCAGCCGUGUGCAGCUUUUCUCACCCCUUACAUCCCAGCUGGAAAAUCCAAGCGAACUGGAAAGCCCAUCGACAGUCUCUCCGAGUCUCACAAGCGUCAGUGCUAUCAGCAGCCCGUCGUUCAGCUCGGGAUGGAGCCCGGCCCCGAGACAUGUGCCAGCUGAAAGAAGAUCUGCACAGCGCAGUUGUCUUGGUGAUUUUAUGGUUUCACCGCCAGAAACGCAUACCAGUCCGACAUUCCAGCAGCAUCGAGGUCGUCGAAGGGGUGGUGCUUUUAGUGGGUCAGCAGCAGGAGGCCGCCACACAGGUGCUCGCAGUGGCCACUUGGAGGAAUCAGGGCGCUGCGAUGGUGCAGGUAGAAAGGGAAGAAGUGGAGGGAAGAUUACUGAGUCAGUUUCGCCCCCUACACAAGUGGAACUCAACUUCAACAAUUUGGAGGACUUUCCUCCAGUUGGUGUGGCCCAUGCCUCCCCUAUAGCAACUAAACCAUCCCGGCGCAUCAAUCCUACGCCAGUCAGUGCAGAACGACCUAACUCUAAACCCAAGAGCUGCUUUACCUCUACUCCCCUCAGUAAGCCAUGCAGUCCUCCAUCAGCCACAGAGACCCUGCCUACCGGUCAAAUUCCUGCAAGUCCCCUUUGUCUGCAAGAGGAGCGGGAGCUACUAAAGAAAGAAAGGUCUAAACUUGCACAGCAGAACAACUCCCCACUAAAGCCCAGCCCAGCUGUUUGCACCCCCAGUAAAUCACUAGUAAUAUCAGGAUCUAAAGGAACUCCUGAUCACCAGGCGCCCUGCCCUGACCCCACCAAAGUGACGAAUGCUCCUGAACUUGACAUUUUAGCUGAGUUAUACUGUGCCUGCAUAUUAGAGAACCUGGUGCCUUGUGUGUUCCUGGAGCUGUUCUUUGUGCUGCAGCUGCUGACCUCACGCAGUGUCUUAGCCUCUGAAUCCACAGAGGAGUGUCUUAGUGUUUUUGAAAGAAAUACAGAUGUCCUCGAGAGAGCAUAUCUGGGAAACGUCCACAGCUGUGUGUAUUUCGCGGUACACGUUUUAGAGAACCAAUUUACACUGCUCUCGCACAUGGACCACUGCACACUUCGCCUCUUGGCAGAGAAUGAAAGGAUUGGCAUUUUCUCUCCAGCCUUGCGAGAUCGCCUAGCACAAGCUCAGGAUACCUGCAGAGCCAAGGUACUUCCCAAUCUCCUCACCUUCAUUCAUUCAGUGUCAUUUCAGCCAGCCACUGACAACCGCACCAAUUUCAGCAAUGAUAAGGCUUUUCACACCUUCAAGAAGCAAAGAGACAUCUUUUACGAGCUGCUGAGAGAGUGGGAGGACUGCCAUAAAGAGCCUGGGUGGGAGUUUGAGGUGGCACUAGGCAGCCGGAUAAGGACAAUGGUCAGUCAGCUGACUGCAGCAGGAAACCACUGUCACUUUGCCAGGCUCUUCCAGAAACAGCUGGUCCAGAUGUGUAAGGGCCCAGGGGAGCUGAGUUCUCCAGGUGAUGCUCCAGAUGCAGAUCUGCUUGGUAUGGUUGGGGCAGACAGUCUGGGUCGUCUAAAGCGCCUGCAGGAGCGGCUCAUCCAGCCACAAGUCCUAAGCGGCCCCUGUCCUCCACCAUCUUUCCCUGGAUACCAGGAGUUCUUUAGAAGUUUUCUACAAACAGCUAGCUGCUGUCAGUUGAACCAACACUUGAAGGAUGGUUUGUGUCAGCAGCUGCUGCAGUUGAAUGAGGAAUCUAUUCUUGGACCAGAAGCCACCUGUGCAACAGAAGAGGAGGGAGGAGAUGCAGACAUGGAGCAGCAGGAUGAGAAGCAGAGAUUCUCCUCAGUACUCCUUGUGGCUCGUCUGCUUGCUAAGUUUUUGGGCUUCAUCUCUUUCAUGCCUUAUCAGACCUCUGAAGCACCUGUCAGAGAGAUCCAGGAAGCUGCCAUUGCUCUCCGCAGUAAGAGUGCUCCAGUGUUGGACGUCUGCGCUGUGUUGACAAGCUGUGUGCGCAGGAAGCGUACGGUACUGACUGUACCUUGGCUGGUGGAGUUCCUUUCCAUGCUGGAUUACACGGGUCCAUUUCUGCCCUGCUAUAGGACGGCCCUGGCCUUACUGCUUCAGCUGUACAGGAGGGUGAGGUUGGGUGAAGCAGGAGAACACUUUUACUUGAACCAGAUGCUGCUGGUAGCAGUGCUGGGUUGGCUUUUUCAGAUACCAGUUUUCCCUGAGGACCUCUUAUUUGACGAAGAUUUAAAAGAUGAACUAGAGGAAAAUGAGAACCAAACUUCAAGUCAAGGACUGGACUGUCUCCCCUUGGUGGACCAGCAGCUUCUCUUUACCUGCUGCCCAUAUUUAGGGGAGUUCCGUAAACUCUUGGCAGCUUAUGUGUCAGGAAGUGCAUCCAAGGCUGGAGGUUUGAUACGUAAGAUCACACCCACAUCUGCCGAACCCAGAGGACCCUCCAUUACCCGCUCCCAACAAAAACUCAGUCUCGACCUGGAGCAGGCUUUCUUUCAUAAUCAGCCUCCCUCUCUUAAACGUACUGUGGAAUUUGUGGCAGAGCGAGUUGGAUCCAACUGCGUCAAACACAUCAAGGCCACACUGGUGUCAGAGCUGGUUCAAGGUGGAGAGAAGACCCUCAGGAAAGGUUUGGGCUCAGAAAGUGCUAGUGCAGCUAAGCUAAAUGAUUCGAUCUGUGCUCAGCUGUGUGAUGCAGGCAUGCAGGCUCUGGAGAGAGCAACCAGGUUUUGCAGUAAGAAUGCUCCUAGAGCUGUCAGAGUUCUACUGCCUGAGGAAACAUCUCAAGCUGUUUUGACCACAGCCGAGAGUAUCACUACACGCCUGGCAACGGAGAAGGCCUGUGGCUGGCUUUCCCACAAUAUCACAGCUUUAAUAAAGAGGGAGUGGAAAAGCACGUUUGAGCGGGUGAUGAAGAAUGUUCCAUGGCUGAGCACAGAUUCUGUGAAUGGAGAAGGAGCAGGCAGGAAUCUGCAGACAGUGAAGAGUUCCUCAGAGCAGGACGCUGGGUCCUUAUGCCCACCAAAUUGUUCUCACAAAGCUCCUCUGGCAUCAGACGUCAUUAUUGAGAUAAAGGAGGCUCUGAGCAUCUCAGUAGGACCCCGGUCUGAUGAGGAGGUUUUUACAGUUCUGCAGAUUGGCUCUCUGCUAAACAGAGUGGAACAGACACUGAACUGCAGAAAGUUUAUUUCAAUACUUUCUGAGCAGAUGCUGUUGCAUUGUACUGUCCUGUUGGCCUGCAAACUAGUAUCUGGAGAGCUACCUCUCGUGUCCUCAGCUGAAAGUAAUCGGACCGAUGUUUGUGUCAGAUCUUUACUGAAUGACUUUGUUCUUCUGUGGGGUAAUACUUCAUCUGUCCAUGUGCCUUUGCACCUUCUCCUCAGUGAAACUACUGUUGGCGCUAUCAUUAAUGGCACUGACACGCAGAGGUGCAACUACCUGCACUUAGUUAAACUACUUCUAGAGAAAGAUCUUCUGCGAGAGGAUGAAGUAGGCUGUCUCCGGACAAAGCUAUCUGAGCUGUCUUGGCCAGUGGAAUCCAUUGAGAAGUUUCAGAAACUGUCUCUGGUUUCUUCACCAGUGCCUUCAGUGAAACAUGGUGACAUACUGCAGGUCUCACAGUGACCAACAGAGGACGACGCAUACACUACAUAAACAAUAAGGCGCAGUUUAAACAAAAGUUUAAAGCACUAUAGUAUUUGAGCUUCUAUUAGCACUUGCUUUUUUGUGUGCCAGAGUAUUCUUGGGCACAAUCUUACUGGGUGGGUGUAGCCUUAAUAAGUGUGUUUGCGUUGUCUUGUAUGUCGCUUCAAUUCCAUUAAAUUACAGUGUGCUGUGCGCUGAUUUAUCAAUUGUGCAAUAGUACAGUGGCCUUAAUAAAACAGUUGAACUUUAUUUACAUAUCAGAUAUUUCUCCUCAUGUAGCAGCUAUUGGCAGAAUAUGUAAAUGCAUGUUUGAAAAUUUGCUUAUCAUUUGGUCAUAUUUGUAUAAACCUUUAGUUGGCAGUACAGUCACUGGGUAAUUAAGACCGGCAAUUCUGCUACAAAGGAAGCUGUUAUAUGUGCCUAUUUAGGGAGUACAAAUGUAUAGGUGACAGUUAAUUGUAUAAUUGUAUUAUUUCCAACAUUAGUUCACACCAUUAACUAUUUUAUUUCCACGUGUAUUAUGUCUUUCUAAUUAUGCAUAAAAAAUAGAUUAAUUGAAUAUUCUUUGAAACGAUGCUAAAUGUAUGUAUGUUCAAUGUUCUGGACGCUUUUGAAUGCAUUUUUAUGGACUUGUGGUUCAUGUUGGACUAAAUGUUAUAAAUGCUUUUAAACUAUGUUUAAUGUCAAACUUAAAUCUAAUAAAUUUUGUACAUAAAUGGAUAAUAAUAAUAAUAUUAAUGGCUUUAUAUAUAAUUCAUACUGACUAUAAAUUUUAUAUUUUUAAGCAUAUAGCAGAUGUUUAUUCAAAGUGGCUUACAGUAAAUACAAUUCAAGUGAAUUGGGGGGUCAAGUGUCAUGGGGCUUGUACCAGCAAAUGUCUGGAUUACUAGUCCAGUACGUUAACCACUACAAUACCAAUAACCAUUUUUUCCCCCUCUCCUUCUUUCGUCUGUUUUAUAUUUAGGGGUCACCACAGUGGUCCAUGUACCUGAUUUGGCACAGUUUUUACACCAGAUGCCCUUCCUGAUGCAACUCUUCUUAUUUUUAUACCAUCUUGGCACCGGCACUAAGACUGCUUGUUAAUCCUCUCAUAGACUUUUAUUUUCCCUUUUUUCGCCAACUGCUUCUUUUCAUCUGCCAGAUGUGGGGUCUCACAGAAAGCUGCAGCUUAUAUAGAGAGACUUUAUGAUGCCCCUUGAUUUUCCCCACAACCAUUUGUGCAGAUGUCUUGAUCAGUUUACACAGGUCACAUUUGCAGCAGCAAUGAGCAGCCCCUCAGACGCAGCCAGUUUUUGAUGCCUGGCCAGGGUGGUAGCACAGCUGUGGUUGAAACUUGAGCUUAAGAUCCUAUUGUUGGUGGGCUAGCUCAUUAAACUACUGCGCCACUGAAGCUCUUUCAGUACAUCAAUCAUACUAGUACAUGACAGACUACCAUAUUAUUACCAAGUUGAUUUUAUUGCAGUGCCUAAAAUGGUGUUCCUGCCUUGUGCCCAGCUUUGUUAGAUGCCACUGGACCCACAGGUUAUUAAAUAUUACAUAUUUUAGCAGUAUGUGCUAUCAUUCUGGAAUAUGAAAACAUCUAAAAAAAAAAAUAAAGGUUGAAGUUAUUAAAACAUAUUUUUUUUCUAAUGCUUAGUGGUCCUGGAUUUGUGCUCUUUACAUUCAUUUAUGAAUUUAUGGCUACUAACGUUCAGUAAAAAAAAAUUCUAGGGAUUUUUUUUUUUAAUUUCUUAUAUUACAAGAAGUGCUUGUCAGAGCUUUUUAUA